AUGGGACUCCAAGACAGGAGAGACAAGUCACCCAGUGGAAAUUUACAGCAAUGUCGAGGUCUUCAUCGGAAGAGACAGAAGAUAUUGGUAUUCUCAAUUCAGUUUCCCCCAAUACGGAGCUUGCAAAUAUUAACCCAAUUAUCUCCAUUUUCUAGUCAAUACGCCUUGAGCGAACCCUAUAUCUCCGGCAAGCAUGUCCGUCUCUACACCGUCAUCUUCGAUGAAGUCCAGCCAGAGAAUGUGUCGCCCCUGGUGUAUGCCCAGGACCUGUCUCUCAAUGGGACAUACUGGAACAAUCACCAAAUGCGAAAGGGUAGCCGCGGAAACUACCUGCUCAACCAUGGCGAUAUCCUCAAGCUUGCGCCGGAUCUUAAUAUCCAAUUCCAGUCAGCUCUAUUCUCAUCCUCGAAUAAAUUUACUCCGGCUCAGAACUUUCGCGAUAAAUAUGUUAUUACGCAUUGCAUAUUGGGGUCCGGAGCCUUUGGCCGUGUUCACAUGGCUUAUAAAGCAGACACUGGUCAUCAGAUGGCCUGCAAAGUGCUUGAUCUCGAAGGUGUUAAGAAUCGAGCCGUUGCAGAAGUUCAGAAGCCCAAGUUCUUCCCGAACCUCAUCCAGGGAUACAUUCAGAGAAAGAUCAAGUGGUAUGAGCGUGAAGCUUCGAUUCUUGCAGACCUCUCACACGUAUGUUGA